AUGUAUAUAUUAAAAUGUAUUGAAUAAGAAGUCCAUAUAUAAGCAGAAAUGUGCUGACCAAUGCAAUCCAGUUUACCAAUCAAAGCAAAGUGGCUGAGAGGGAGAUAGGGAUGGUCUUCAUAUUGUAUGUAUUGCGUAAUUCUUCAUAACCAAAUGGCAAGCCAGUCGGCCGAUUGGUCACGUGAUUGUCGUAAAAGGGUUUUUUUUUUUUCUCUUACUGGAUGACGAUGAAGAUGAUGAUCAAGAAAUGGAAAACGGAGGAGAGCAUAAACUGACCCUACUGAAUUCGCCGGGUAGUAGUUUGCGGGCAUCAUCGUCUGAACAGGGAGGGAAAGAGACGAUCAACUUCAGACUCACCGGGGACUAAACGAAUCGGAUGGUUUGGUGUGUGAAGGUUGCAAUUUUCUCGCUGGUUGUGUUGUUUAAUGAGGAGUGCCAAAACGAAUCAGAUCGAUUAUCAUAACCGGUGAAAUCGGUUUGCAUUUUCCAGUGGGUUGAUACUUUUCACAUUUCGUUCUGAUCGUUUGACAGUUUCCUUGUAUUGUUGGUUACCAUACUUACCGAAUGCCACAAGUAUGCUCCGUUAAAAUUGAUAAGAUGAUCCAUAAGAAACGAGAAUAUUAAUAAAUAAAAAAAACUUUGAAUGAGCAUUAUAGCAAUCAUUCAAUACAGCUUCAAUCCCCUAUAGGCGCAGCUGGAUUUCAGAAUAGAGGGAUGUGUCGUUUUUUUUGGUCGACUGAAUGAGUCAUUUUAUAAACUCAAAUGGAAGCCAAUUUGUGGCACUUUGUUUUCUAGUAGUAAAAUGCUUGCGAAUUCUAUAACCGUGCUAUUAAUAUUUUAAACCACCGCGAAUCGUUGAUUCGCACGCAUGGCAGCUUACUUCCAAACGAUGCACUAAAUUGAUUAUGAUCACGAAAUGUAAAUUUUCCCGGAGAAUCGCUUCCCACAAAGUUUGAGACUAUAAAAUCGACUGGAGAAUCGUAAAGCCCUUCAGUUCUGUUUAUUAAAUACAUUGAAGCUCAUCUCCUAGCAUGUCGUCCAAGGUUUGUUGGAUUUUGUUGUUGUGCUGCACUGUCUUAGCUCCCAAAGUCGAAUGUUACGAUACUAAAUACGACAACGUCAACUUGGAUGAUAUCUUCAAGAGCAAACGUCUUCUCAACAACUACAUCAACUGUUUGAAAAAUGUCGGCCCCUGCACUCCCGAUGCAAAAGAACUGAAAGAGAGACUACCGGACGCGUUGGAAAGUGACUGCCAACAUUGUUCCGAUAAGCAGAAGAUCGGUGCCGACCGGGUGAUUCGUUUCAUCGUCGAUAACCAACCGGAUGAUUUCAAGAUUCUGGAGUCCAUGUACGACCCUGAGGGUGAAUAUCGGCGCAAAUAUCUGAGUGACCAUCCCAGUUUCCGUGAUCAGCUCCCAUCGACGGACGAGUCGCCUACCAGCGAUGCAACCGAGAAAUCAGCCGACGAUCAGUCGACCGAGGAAGCAGCUGCACAAGAUCAAGGUCCAUCCGACGGUCGUCGUUAGAGAAGUGGGAAAUCGGUCCUAUCUUCGUUUUAUUUUCGAGUUAGUGAAUCGUUCGCAAGGUGAAUAAAUAUCCAAAAAAACCAAGUGUCCAUUUGUAGCAUCCAUCUCGCAUGGCAACAGCCAAUGACAUCCACUUACAAAAAGCGAUAGAAUGAUUAAGGCUGUGUUUGUAAAUUUUCACUUAAAUUUGAUAGGGGAAUUCACGUGUUCUCGUCCAUCUAUGCAGCGCCCGCACUUGUAGUGUCACAUUCGAAAAAGGUUUUUCCUGAAAAAUCGACGAACAUUUAGCGUUUUUGCGAAUAUUAUUGAACGAAAUUUAAAUUUGAGCUGGUUAAACCGGCCUUGUGAAGUCAAAUUGAAUCACUUGAAUCGGGAGAACUGAAGGUAAGAGCUCAGUGCUGAGAAACCUAUGUUUUUAUAAAUUUAUCUUUCAUUUGAGUAGAAGUUACUCUCCCUCUGAGUUUUCCACUUUUGAGUCGAUUUCAACUCAGUUACUGAGCUACUCUCGUUGGCCGUAUGAACAUUGCUUGUACAUUGUCCUCGAAUGUUGUCUACAGUAAGGCGAUUUGCAGUUCGAAGAUGCACUGAAAACAAAUCUUCCUCAGAGAGUGAGUCACUUUUACUCAUUCGUAUGGAGAAAUUUCUAAAAGUCCAGGUUACUCAUGCGCUCAGUGAACUACGCUUAUAGAAAUGUUUCCAUACGAAUGAGUAAAAGUGGCUCAAAACUUAGUAAACUUGAUAGCUCACUCUCUUAGUUAGUUUCGUUUUCAGUGAAAAUUUUUGACUUCUUACCCCCCACAGUAACUCUCAAGUUAAUUAAAAGUACUUCAUUCGAAAAAAAAAAGGCCUUUUGAAGCAACCCUCCUAUACAUAGAAGUUCAAAAUUUUGAAAUGUGCAUCAUCAAGCCUUUUUAAAAGAUAGCCGAUUUUAGAGGACUUUCAAGCAGCACCUUGCACUGCGGCAAAAGAACGUAAGAAUUCCAUAAGAAUAACUUAUGAA